UCUGUCUGUGUGUGUGUCCGUGUGUCCGUGUGUUCCCCGCCGCUCACGUGACCGGCGUGACUCGGCGCUCACGUGAUCGCGCGGCGGCGGGGCCGUGCCGGAGCCGGGGCCGCGCUCGCCAUGGGCUGCUGCUACAGCAGCGAGGCCGAGGCCUCCGACCAGGAGGAAGAGACAAAGCGGCUGCUGGAGCCGGCAGCCAGCCCGCCCAACAAGGUGCUGAACGGAGCAGAGCAGAGCUACCACAACCUGCCGUCAGCACGCACCGAUGAGCAGGCCAUGCUGUCCUCCAUCCUCGCCAAAACAGCCAUCAACAUCAUCGACGUGUCGGCAGCGGAUUCCCAGGGCAUGGAGCAGCAUGAGUACAUGGACAGAGCCAGGCAGUACAGCACACGCCUGGCCAUGCUCAGCAACAACCUGACGCACUGGAAGAAGCUCCCACUGCUGCCAUCCCUGACUAACCAGCCGCACCAAGUGCUCGCCAGCGACCCUGUUCCCUUUGCAGACCUGCAGCAGGUGUCCCGGAUAGCUGCCUAUGCCUUCAGUGCGCUCUCACAGAUCCGUGUCGACGCCAAAGAAGAACUGGUUGUACAGUUUGGCAUCCCCUGAACCUGCCCCCACCACUGCUGCUUCAGCGCUUUGGGUUGUUUUCGGUUUUUUCCUGAUUUUUUUUUUUCUCUUUAUAUCCCUUCCCUCCCCAUGCUGCUGCCACAGAACUUGGACAGAUACCCUGUUUCCUACUAAAUGCCAAGGCGCCCAUCAUUGGCACAUUGAGCCCA